AUGGCACUGCAGUUUGAUCUUAAUGCAGUAGGGUUGCAGGGGGAAGAGAGCACAGGAGGAGGUACAUUGGUACAAGACCCAGUUAAUGAAGCAAUGCUGACAGGGAAAUUAACAAAAGGUGGACAGCCAUUGUUCAAGCCAUUUGCUAAGUUACCAAAUCCUAUACUUUCUUUAAUUCAGGGAUUAAGCUUUCUGAUGGUAGACGAGUUGUCAUGUGUUGCCGAGGUUCUGUGGUUGUUGCAGCCAGCCGAGGCCGCCAGGCCGAUAGCUGCGCCCGUCAUUCACAGCAGCCAGCCGUGGCCGCCCAGACGCCAGCUGCGCCUGUCAUUCACAGCAGCCAGCCGAGGCCGCCCAGACGCCAGCUGCGCCCGUCAUUCACAGCAGCCAGCCGAGGCCGCCCAGCCACCAGCUGCGCCCGUCAUUCACAGCAGCCAGCCGAGGCCGCCCAGCUGCCAGCUGUGCCCGUCAUUCACAGCAGCCAGCCGUGGCCGCCCAGACGCCAGCUGCGCCCGUCAUUCACAGCAGCCAGCCGAGGCCGCCCAGCCACCAGCUGCACCCGUCAUUCACAGCAGCCAGCCGAGGCCGCCCAGCUGCCAGCUGCGCCCGUCAUUCACAGCAGCCAGCCGAGGCCGCCCAGACGCCAGCUGUGAGCGUCAUUCACAGCAGCCAGCCGUGGCCGCCCAGACGCCAGCUGUGCCCGUCAUUCACAGCAGCCAGCCGUGGCCGCCCAGACGCCAGCUGCGCCCGUCAUUCACAGCAGCCAGCCGUGGCCGCCCAGACGCCAGCUGCGCCCGUCAUUCACAGCAGCCAGCCGAGGCCGCCCAGCUGCCAGCUGCGCCCGUCAUUCACAGCAGCCAGCCGAGGCCGCCCAGCUGCCAGCUGUGCCCGUCAUUCACAGCAGCCAGCCGAGGCCGCCCAGACGCCAGCUGUGCCCGUCAUUCAGAGCAGCCAGCCGUGGCCGCCCAGACGCCAGCUGCGCCCGUCACUCACAGCAGCCAGCCGAGGCCGCCCAGACGCCAGCUGCGCCCGUCAUUCACAGCAGCCAGCCGAGGCCGCCCAGACACCAGCUGCACCCGUCAUUCACAGCAGCCAGCCGUGGCCGCCCAGACGCCAGCUGCGCCCGUCAUUUACAGCAGCCAGCCGAAGCCGGCCAGCUGCCAGCUGUGCCCGUCAUUCACAGCAGCCAGCCGUGGCCGCCCAGACGCCAGCUGCGCCCGUCAUUCACAGCAGCCAGCCGAGGCCGCCCAGACGCCAGCUGCGCCCGUCAUUCACAGCAGCCAGCCGUGGCCGCCCAGACGCCAGCUGCGCCCGUCAUUCACAGCAGCCAGCCGUGGCCGCCCAGACGCCAGCUGCGCCCGUCAUUCACAGCAGCCAGCCGUGGCCGCCCAGACGCCAGCUGCGCCCGUCAUUCACAGCAGCCAGCCGUGGCCGCCCAGACGCCAGCUGCGCCCGUCAUUCACAGCAGCCAGCCUUGGCCGCCCAGACGCCAGCUGCGCCCGUCAUUCACAGCAGCCAGCCGUGGCCGCCCAGCCACCAGCUGCGCCCGUCAUUCACAGCAGCCAGCCGAUGCCGCCCAGCCGCCAGCUGUGCCCGUCAUUCACAGCAGCCAGCCGAGGCCGCCCAGAGGCAAGCUGCGCCCGUCAUUCACAGCAGCCAGCCGAGGCCGCCCAGCCGCCAGCUGUGCCCGUCAUUCACAGCAGCCAGCCGAGGCCGCCCAGCCGCCAGCUGCGACCGUCAUUCACAGCAGCCAGCCGUGGCUGCCCAGACGCCAGCUGCGCCCGUCAUUCACAGCAGCCAGCCGUGGCCGCCCAGACGCCAGCUGCACCCGUCAUUCACAGCAGCCAGCCGAGGCCGCCCAGCCACCAGCUGCGCCCGUCAUUCACAGCAGCCAGCCGAGGACGCCCAGCUGCCAGCUGUGCCCGUCAUUCACAGCAGCCAGCCGAGGCCGCCCAGCCGCCAGCUGUGCCCGUCAUUCACAGCAGCCAGCCGAGGCCGCCCAGCCGCCAGCUGUGCCCGUCAUUCAGAGCAGCCAGCCGAGGCCGCCCAGCCACCAGCUGUGCCCGUCAUUCACAGCAGCCAGCCGAGGCUGCCCGGCCGCCAGCUGUUCCCGUCAUUCACAGCAGCCAGCCGAGGCCGCCCAGCCGCCAGCUGUGUCCGUCAUUCACAGCAGCCAGCCGAGGCCGCCCAGCCGCCAGCUGUGCCCGUCAUUCACAGCAGCCACCCGAGGCCGCCCAGCUGCCAGCUGUGCCCGUCAUUCACAGCAGCCACCCGAGGCCGCCCAGCCACCAGCUGUGCCCGCCAUUCACAGCAGCCAGCCGUGGCCGCCCAGACGCCAGCUGCAACCGUCAUUCACAGCAGCCAGCCGAGGCCGCCCAGCCGCCAGCUGUGUCCGUCAUUCACAGCAGCCACCCGAGGCCGCCCAGCCGCCAGCUGUGUCCGUCAUUCACAGCAGCCAGCCAAGGCCGCCCAGCCGCCAGCUGUGCCCGUCAUUCACAGCAGCCAGCCGAGGCUGCCCAGCCACCAGCUGUGCCCGUCAUUCACAGCAGCCAGCCGAGGCCGCCCAGCCACCAGCUGUGCCCGUCAUUCACAGCAGCCAGCCGAGGCGGCCCAGCUGCCAGCUGUGCCCGUCAUUCACAGCAGCCAGCCAUGGCCGCCCAGCCACCAGCUGCGCCCGUCAUUCACAGCAGCCAGCCGAGGCCGCCCAGCCGCCAGCUGUGCACGUCAUUCACAGCAGCCAGCCAUGGCCGCCCAGCCACCAGCAGCGCCCGUCAUUCACAGCAGCGAGCCGAGGCCGCCCAGCCGCCAGCUGUGCCCGUCAUUCACAGCAGCCAGCCAUGGCCGCCCAGCCGCCAGCUGCGCACGUCAUUCACAGCAGCCAGCAUUGGCCGCCCAGCCGCCAGCUGCGCCCGUCAUUCACAGCAGCCAGCCGAGGCCGCUCAGCCGCCAGCUGUGCCCUUCAUUCACAGCAGCCAGCCGAGGCCGCCCAGCCGCCAGCUGUGCCCGUCAUUCACAGCAGCCAGCCGAGGCCGCCCAGCCGCCAGCUGCGCCCGUCAUUCACAGCAGCCAGCCGAGGCCGCCCAGCUGCCAGCUGUGCACGUCAUUCACAGCAGCCAGCCAAGGCCGCCCAGCCGCCAGCUGUGCCCGUCAUUCACAGCAGACAGCCAAGGCCGCCCAGCAGCCAGCUGUGCCCGUCAUUCACAGCAGCCAGCCGAGGCCGCCCAGCCGCCAGCUGUGCCCGUCAUUCACAGCAGCCAGCCGAGGCCGCCCAGCCACCAGCUGUGCCCGUCAUUCACAGCAGCCAGCCGAGGCCGCCCAGCCGCCAGCUGUGCCCGUCAUUCCCAGCAGCCAGCCGAGGCGGCCCAGCUGCCAGCUGUGCCCGUCAUUCACAGCAGCCAGCCAUGGCCGCCCAGCCACCAGCUGCGCCCGUCAUUCACAGCAGCCAGCCGAGGCCGCCCAGCCGCCAGCUGCGCCCGUCAUUCACAGCAGCCAGCCAUGGCCGCCCAGCCACCAGCAGCGCCCGUCAUUCACAGCAGCCAGCCGAGGCCGCCCGGCCGCCAGCUGUGCCCGUCAUUCACAGCAGCCAGCCGAGGCCGCCCAGCCGCCAGCUGUGCCCGUCAUUCACAGCAGCCAGCCAUGGCCGCCCAGCCACCAGCUGCGCCCAUCAUUCACAGCAGCCAGCCGAGGCCGCCCAGCCGCCAGCUGCGCCCGUCAUUCACAGCAGCCAGCCGAGGCCGCCCAGCCGCCAGCUGUGCCCGCCAUUCACAGCAGCCAGCCAUGGCCGCCCAGCCGCCAGCUGCGCACGUCAUUCACAGCAGCCAGCCUUGGCCGCCCAGCCGCCAGCUGCGCCCGUCAUUCACAGCAGCCAGCCGAGGCCGCCCAGCCGCCAGCUGUGCCCUUCAUUCACAGCAGCCAGUCGAGGCCGCCCAGCCGCCAGCUGUGCCCGUCAUUCACAGCAGCCAGCCGAGGCCGCCCAGCCGCCAGCUGCGCCCGUCAUUCACAGCAGCCAGCCGAGGCCGCCCAGCUGCCAGCUGUGCCCGUCAUUCACAGCAGCCAGCCGAGGCCGCCCAGCCGCCAGCUGUGCCCGUCAUUCACAGCAGCCAGCCAUGGCCGCCCAGCCACCAGCUGUGCCCGUCAUUCACAGCAGCCAGCCUUGGCCGCCCAGCCGCUAGCUGCGCCCGUCAUUCACAGCAGCCAGCCGAGGCCGCCCAGCCGCCAGCUGUGCCCGUCAUUCACAGCAGCCAGCCAUGGCCGCCCAGCCGCCAGCUGCGCCCGUCAUUCACAGCAGCCAGUCGAGGCCGCCCAGCCGCCAGCUGCGCCCGUCAUUCACAUCAGCCAUCCAUGGCCGCCCAGCCGCCAGCUGCGCCCGUCAUUCACAGCAGCCAGCCGAGGCCACCCGGCCGCCAGCUGUGCCCGUCAUUCACAGCAGCCAGCCGAGGCCGCCCAGCCGCCAGCUGUGUCCGUCAUUCACAGCAGCCAGCCGAGGCCGCCCAGCCACCAGCUGCGCCCGUCAUUCACAGCAGCCAGCCGAGGCCGCCCAGCUGCCAGCUGUGCCCGUCAUUCACAGCAGCCAGCCAAGGCCGCACAGCCACCAGCUGUGCCCGUCAUUCACAGCAGCCAGCCGUGGCCGCUCAGCCACCAGCUGCGCCCGUCAUUCACAGCAGCCAGCCGAGGCCGCCCAACUGCCAGCUGUGCCCAUCAUUCACAGCACAGCCAGCCAAGGCCGCCCAGCCGCCAGUUGUGCCCGUCAUUCACAGCAGCCAGCCGAGGCCACCCAGCUGCCAGCUGUGCCCGUCAUUCACAGCAGCCAGCCGAGGCCGCCCAGCUGCCAGCUGUGCCCGUCAUUCACAGCAGCCAGCCGAGGCCGCCCAGCCGCCAGUUGUGCCCGUCAUUCACAGCAGCCAGCCGAGGCCACCCAGCUGCCAGCUGUGCCCCUCAUUCACAGCAGCCAGCCGAGGAUGCCCAACUGCCAGCUGUGCCCGUCAUUCACAGCAGCUAGCCGAGGCCGCCCAACCGCCAGCUGUGCCCGUCAUUCACAGCAGCCAGCUGAGGCCGCCCAGCCGCCAGUUGUGCCCGUCAUUCACAGCAGCCAGCCGAGGCCGCCCAGCUGCCAGCUGUGCCCGUCAUUCACAGCAGCCAGCCGAGGCCGCACAGCCCCCAGCUGUGCCCGUCAUUCACAGCAGCCAGCCGUGGCCGCCCAGCCGCCAGCUGCGCCCGUCAUUCACAGCAGCCAGCGGAGGCAGCCCAACUGCCAGCUGUGCCCGUCAUUCACAGCAGCCAGCCGAGGCCGCCCAGCCGCCAGCUGUGUCCGUCAUUCAGAGCAGCCAGCCGAGGCCGCCCAGCCACCAGCUGCGCCCGUCAUUCACAGCAGCCAGCCGAGGCCGCCCAGCUGCCAGCUGUGCCCGUCAUUCAAAGCAGCCAGCCGAGGCCGCACAGCCACCAGCUGUGCCCGUCAUUCACAGCAGCCAGCCGUGGCCGCUCAGCCGCCAGCUGCGCCCGUCAUUCACAGCAGCCAGCCGAGGCCGCCCAACUGCUAGCUGUGCCCGUCAUUCACAGCAGCCAGCCAUGGCCGCCCAGCCACCAGCAGCGCCCGUCAUUCAAUGCAGCCAGCCGAGGCCGCCCGGCCGCCAGCUGUGCCCGUCAUUCACAGCAGCCAGCCGAGGCCGCCCAGCCGCCAGCUGUGCCCGUCAUUCACAGCAGCCAGCCAUGGCCGCCCAGCCGCCAGCUGCGCCCAUCAUUCACAGCAGCCAGCCGAGGCCGCCCAGCCGCCAGCUGCGCCCGUCAUUCACAGCAGCCAGCCAAGGCCGCCCAGCCGCCAGCUGUGCCCGUCAUUCACAGCAGCCAGCCAUGGCCGCCCAGCCGCCAGCUGCGCACGUCAUUCACAGCAGCCAGCCUUGGCCGCCCAGCCGCCAGCUGCGCCCGUCAUUCACAGCAGCCAGCCGAGGCCGCCCAGCCGCCAGCUGUGCCCUUCAUUCACAGCAGCCAGCCGAGGCCGCCCAGCCGCCAGCUGUGCCCGUCAUUCACAGCAGCCAGCCGAGGCCGCCCAGCCGCCAGCUGCGCCCGUCAUUCACAGCAGCCAGCCGAGGCCGCCCAGCUGCCAGCUGUGCCCGUCAUUCACAGCAGCCAGCCGAGGCCGCCCAGACGCCAGCUGUGCCCGUCAUUCACAGCAGCCAGCCAUGGCCGCCUAGCCACCAGCUGUGCCCGUCAUUCACAGCAGCCAGCCUUGGCCGCCCAGCCGCUAGCUGCGCCCGUCAUUCACAGCAGCCAGCCGAGGCCGCCCAGCCGCCAGCUGUGCCCGUCAUUCACAGCAGCCAGCCAUGGCCGCCCAGCCGCCAGCUGCGCCCGUCAUUCACAGCAGCCAGUCGAGGCCGCCCAGCCGCCAGCUGCGCCCGUCAUUCACAGCAGCCAUCCAUGGCCGCCCAGCCGCCAGCUGCGCCCGUCAUUCACAGCAGCCAGCCGAGGCCACCCGGCCGCCAGCUGUGCCCGUCAUUCACAGCAGCCAGCCGAGGCCGCCCAGCCGCCAGCUGUGUCCGUCAUUCACAGCAGCCAGCCGAGGCCGCCCAGCCACCAGCUGCGCCCGUCAUUCACAGCAGCCAGCCGAGGCCGCCCAGCUGCCAGCUGUGCCCGUCAUUCACAGCAGCCAGCCGAGGCCGCACAGCCACCAGCUGUGCCCGUCAUUCACAGCAGCCAGCCGUGGCCGCUCAGCCGCCAGCUGCGCCCGUCAUUCACAGCAGCCAGCCGAGGCCGCCCAACUGCCAGCUGUGCCCGUCAUUCACAGCACAGCCAGCCGAGGCCGCCCAGCCGCCAGUUGUGCCCGUCAUUCACAGCAGCCAGCCGAGGCCACCCAGCUGCCAGCUGUGCCCAUCAUUCACAGCAGCCAGCCGAGGCCGCCCAGCUGCCAGCUGUGCCCGUCAUUCACAGCAGCCAGCCGAGGCCGCCCAGCCGCCAGUUGUGCCCGUCAUUCACAGCAGCCAGCCGAGGCCACCCAGCUGCCAGCUGUGCCCGUCAUUCACGGCAGCCAGCCGAGGCCGCCCAACUGCCAGCUGUGCCCGUCAUUCACAGCAGCUAGCCGAGGCCGCCCAACCGCCAGCUGUGCCCGUCAUUCACAGCAGCCAGCCGAGGCCGCCCAGCCGCCAGUUGUGCCCGUCAUUCACAGCAGCCAGCCGAGGCCACCCAGCUUCCAGCUGUGCCCGUCAUUCACAGCAGCCUGCCGAGGCCGCCCAACUGCCAGCUGUGCCCGUCAUUCACAGCAGCCAGCCGAGGCCGCCCAGCCACCAGCUGCGCCCGUCGUUCACAGCAGCCAGCCGUGGCCGCCCAGCUGCCAGCUGUGCCCGUCAUUCACAGCAGCCAGCCGAGGCCGCCCGGCCACCAGCUGUGCUCGUCAUUCACAGCAGCCAGCCGAGGCCGCCCAGCCGCCAGCUGUGUCCGUCAUUCACAGCAGCCAGUCGAGGCCGCCCAGCCACCAGCUGCGCCCGUCAUUCACAGCAGCCAGCCCAGGCCGCCCAGCCGCCAGCUGUGCCCGUCAUUCACAGCAGCCAGCCAUGGCCGCCCAGCCGCCAGCUGCGCCCGUCAUUCACAGCAGCCAGUCGUGGCCGCCCCGCCGCCAGCUGCGCCCGUCAUUCACAGCAGCCAGCCAUGGCCGCCCAGCCGCCAGCUGCGCCCGUCAUUCACAGCAGCCAGCCGAGGCCGCCCGGCCGCCAGCUGUGCCCGUCAUUCACAGCAGCCAGCCGAGGCCGCCCAGCCGCCAGCUGUGUCCGUCAUUCACGGCAGCCAGCUGAGGCCGCCCAGCCACCAGCUGCGCCCGUCAUUCACAGCAGCCAGCCGAGGCCGCCCAGCCGCCAGCUGUGCCCGUCAUUCACAGCAGCCAGCCGAGGCCGCCCAGCCGCCAGCUCCGCCCGUCAUUCACAGCAGCCAGCCGAGGCCGCCCAGCUGCCAGCUGUGCCCGUCAUUCACAGCAGCCAGCCAAGGCCGCCCAGCCGCCAGCUGUGCCCGUCAUUCGCAGCAGCCAGCCAAGGCCGCCCAGCAGCCAGCUGUGCCUGUCAUUCACAGCAGCCUGCCGAGGCCGCCCAGCCGCCAGCUGUGCCCGUCAUUCACAGCAGCCAGCCGAGGCCGCCCAGCCACCAGCUGUGCCCGUCAUUCACAGCAGCCAGCCGAGGCCGCCCAGCCGCCAGCUGUGCCCGUCAUUCCCAGCAGCCAGCCGAGGCGGCCCAGCUGCCAGCUGUGCCCGUCAUUCACAGCAGCCAGCCAUGGCCGACCAGCCACCAGCUGCGCCCGUCAUUCACAGCAGCCAGCCGAGGCCGCCCAGCCGCCAGCUGUGCCCGUCAUUCACAGCAGCCAGCCAUGGCCGCCCAGCCACCAGCAGCGCCCGUCAUUCACAGCAGCCAGCCGAGGCCGCCCGGCCGCCAGCUGUGCCCGUCAUUCACAGCAGCCAGCCGAGGCCGCCCAGCCGCCAGCUGUGCCCGUCAUUCACAGCAGCCAGCCAUGGCCGCCCAGCCACCAGCUGCGCCCAUCAUUCACAGCAGCCAGCCGAGGCCGCCCAGCCGCCAGCUGCGCCCGUCAUUCACAGCAGCCAGCGGAGGCCGCCCAACUGCCAGCUGUGCCCGUCAUUCACAGCAGCCAGCCGAGGCCGCCCAGCCGCCAGCUGUGUCCGUCAUUCAGAGCAGCCAGCCGAGGCCGCCCAGCCACCAGCUGCGCCCGUCAUUCACAGCAGCCAGCCGAGGCCGCCCAGCUGCCAGCUGUGCCCGUCAUUCAAAGCAGCCAGCCGAGGCCGCACAGCCACCAGCUGUGCCCGUCAUUCACAGCAGCCAGCCGUGGCCGCUCAGCCGCCAGCUGCGCCCGUCAUUCACAGCAGCCAGCCGAGGCCGCCCAACUGCUAGCUGUGCCCGUCAUUCACAGCAGCCAGCCAUGGCCGCCCAGCCACCAGCAGCGCCCGUCAUUCAAUGCAGCCAGCCGAGGCCGCCCGGCCGCCAGCUGUGCCCGUCAUUCACAGCAGCCAGCCGAGGCCGCCCAGCCGCCAGCUGUGCCCGUCAUUCACAGCAGCCAGCCAUGGCCGCCCAGCCGCCAGCUGCGCCCAUCAUUCACAGCAGCCAGCCGAGGCCGCCCAGCCGCCAGCUGCGCCCGUCAUUCACAGCAGCCAGCCAAGGCCGCCCAGCCGCCAGCUGUGCCCGUCAUUCACAGCAGCCAGCCAUGGCCGCCCAGCCGCCAGCUGCGCACGUCAUUCACAGCAGCCAGCCUUGGCCGCCCAGCCGCCAGCUGCGCCCGUCAUUCACAGCAGCCAGCCGAGGCCGCCCAGCCGCCAGCUGUGCCCUUCAUUCACAGCAGCCAGCCGAGGCCGCCCAGCCGCCAGCUGUGCCCGUCAUUCACAGCAGCCAGCCGAGGCCGCCCAGCCGCCAGCUGCGCCCGUCAUUCACAGCAGCCAGCCGAGGCCGCCCAGCUGCCAGCUGUGCCCGUCAUUCACAGCAGCCAGCCGAGGCCGCCCAGACGCCAGCUGUGCCCGUCAUUCACAGCAGCCAGCCAUGGCCGCCUAGCCACCAGCUGUGCCCGUCAUUCACAGCAGCCAGCCUUGGCCGCCCAGCCGCUAGCUGCGCCCGUCAUUCACAGCAGCCAGCCGAGGCCGCCCAGCCGCCAGCUGUGCCCGUCAUUCACAGCAGCCAGCCAUGGCCGCCCAGCCGCCAGCUGCGCCCGUCAUUCACAGCAGCCAGUCGAGGCCGCCCAGCCGCCAGCUGCGCCCGUCAUUCACAGCAGCCAUCCAUGGCCGCCCAGCCGCCAGCUGCGCCCGUCAUUCACAGCAGCCAGCCGAGGCCACCCGGCCGCCAGCUGUGCCCGUCAUUCACAGCAGCCAGCCGAGGCCGCCCAGCCGCCAGCUGUGUCCGUCAUUCACAGCAGCCAGCCGAGGCCGCCCAGCCACCAGCUGCGCCCGUCAUUCACAGCAGCCAGCCGAGGCCGCCCAGCUGCCAGCUGUGCCCGUCAUUCACAGCAGCCAGCCGAGGCCGCACAGCCACCAGCUGUGCCCGUCAUUCACAGCAGCCAGCCGUGGCCGCUCAGCCGCCAGCUGCGCCCGUCAUUCACAGCAGCCAGCCGAGGCCGCCCAACUGCCAGCUGUGCCCGUCAUUCACAGCACAGCCAGCCGAGGCCGCCCAGCCGCCAGUUGUGCCCGUCAUUCACAGCAGCCAGCCGAGGCCACCCAGCUGCCAGCUGUGCCCAUCAUUCACAGCAGCCAGCCGAGGCCGCCCAGCUGCCAGCUGUGCCCGUCAUUCACAGCAGCCAGCCGAGGCCGCCCAGCCGCCAGUUGUGCCCGUCAUUCACAGCAGCCAGCCGAGGCCACCCAGCUGCCAGCUGUGCCCGUCAUUCACGGCAGCCAGCCGAGGCCGCCCAACUGCCAGCUGUGCCCGUCAUUCACAGCAGCUAGCCGAGGCCGCCCAACCGCCAGCUGUGCCCGUCAUUCACAGCAGCCAGCCGAGGCCGCCCAGCCGCCAGUUGUGCCCGUCAUUCACAGCAGCCAGCCGAGGCCACCCAGCUUCCAGCUGUGCCCGUCAUUCACAGCAGCCUGCCGAGGCCGCCCAGCUGCCAGCUGUGCCCGUCAUUCACAGCAGCCAGCCGAGGCCGCCCAGCCACCAGCUGCGCCCGUCGUUCACAGCAGCCAGCCGUGGCCGCCCAGCUGCCAGCUGUGCCCGUCAUUCACAGCAGCCAGCCGAGGCCGCCCGGCCACCAGCUGUGCUCGUCAUUCACAGCAGCCAGCCGAGGCCGCCCAGCCGCCAGCUGUGUCCGUCAUUCACAGCAGCCAGUCGAGGCCGCCCAGCCACCAGCUGCGCCCGUCAUUCACAGCAGCCAGCCCAGGCCGCCCAGCCGCCAGCUGUGCCCGUCAUUCACAGCAGCCAGCCAUGGCCGCCCAGCCGCCAGCUGCGCCCGUCAUUCACAGCAGCCAGUCGUGGCCGCCCCGCCGCCAGCUGCGCCCGUCAUUCACAGCAGCCAGCCAUGGCCGCCCAGCCGCCAGCUGCGCCCGUCAUUCACAGCAGCCAGCCGAGGCCGCCCGGCCGCCAGCUGUGCCCGUCAUUCACAGCAGCCAGCCGAGGCCGCCCAGCCGCCAGCUGUGUCCGUCAUUCACGGCAGCCAGCUGAGGCCGCCCAGCCACCAGCUGCGCCCGUCAUUCACAGCAGCCAGCCGAGGCCGCCCAGCCGCCAGCUGUGCCCGUCAUUCACAGCAGCCAGCCGAGGCCGCCCAGCCGCCAGCUGCGCCCGUCAUUCACAGCAGCCAGCCGAGGCCGCCCAGCUGCCAGCUGUGCCCGUCAUUCACAGCAGCCAGCCAAGGCCGCCCAGCCGCCAGCUGUGCCCGUCAUUCGCAGCAGCCAGCCAAGGCCGCCCAGCAGCCAGCUGUGCCUGUCAUUCACAGCAGCCUGCCGAGGCCGCCCAGCCGCCAGCUGUGCCCGUCAUUCACAGCAGCCAGCCGAGGCCGCCCAGCCACCAGCUGUGCCCGUCAUUCACAGCAGCCAGCCGAGGCCGCCCAGCCGCCAGCUGUGCCCGUCAUUCCCAGCAGCCAGCCGAGGCGGCCCAGCUGCCGGCUGUGCCCGUCAUUCACAGCAGCCAGCCAUGGCCGACCAGCCACCAGCUGCGCCCGUCAUUCACAGCAGCCAGCCGAGGCCGCCCAGCCGCCAGCUGUGCCCGUCAUUCACAGCAGCCAGCCAUGGCCGCCCAGCCACCAGCAGCGCCCGUCAUUCACAGCAGCCAGCCGAGGCCGCCCGGCCGCCAGCUGUGCCCGUCAUUCACAGCAGCCAGCCGAGGCCGCCCAGCCGCCAGCUGUGCCCGUCAUUCACAGCAGCCAGCCAUGGCCGCCCAGCCACCAGCUGCGCCCAUCAUUCACAGCAGCCAGCCGAGGCCGCCCAGCCGCCAGCUGCGCCCGUCAUUCACAGCAGCCAGCCGAGGCCGCCCAGCCGCCAGCUGUGCCCGUCAUUCACAGCAGCCAGCCAUGGCCGCCCAGCCGCCAGCUGCGCACGUCAUUCACAGCAGCCAGCCUUGGCCGCCCAGCCGCCAGCUGCGCCCGUCAUUCACAGCAGCCAGCCGAGGCCGCCCAGCCGCCAGCUGUGCCCUUCAUUCACAGCAGCCAGUCGAGGCCGCCCAGCCGCCAGCUGUGCCCGUCAUUCACAGCAGCCAGCCGAGGCCGCCCAGCCGCCAGCUGCGCCCGUCAUUCACAGCAGCCAGCCGAGGCCGCCCAGCUGCCAGCUGUGCCCGUCAUUCACAGCAGCCAGCCGAGGCCGCCCAGCCGCCAGCUGUGCCCGUCAUUCACAGCAGCCAGCCAUGGCCGCCCAGCCACCAGCUGUGCCCGUCAUUCACAGCAGCCAGCCUUGGCCGCCCAGCCGCUAGCUGCGCCCGUCAUUCACAGCAGCCAGCCGAGGCCGCCCAGCCGCCAGCUGUGCCCGUCAUUCACAGCAGCCAGCCAUGGCCGCCCAGCCGCCAGCUGCGCCCGUCAUUCACAGCAGCCAGUCGAGGCCGCCCAGCCGCCAGCUGCGCCCGUCAUUCACAUCAGCCAUCCAUGGCCGCCCAGCCGCCAGCUGCGCCCGUCAUUCACAGCAGCCAGCCGAGGCCACCCGGCCGCCAGCUGUGCCCGUCAUUCACAGCAGCCAGCCGAGGCCGCCCAGCCGCCAGCUGUGUCCGUCAUUCACGGCAGCCAGCUGAGGCCGCCCAGCCACCAGCUGCGCCCGUCAUUCACAGCAGCCAGCCGAGGCCGCCCAGCCGCCAGCUGUGCCCGUCAUUCACAGCAGCCAGCCGAGGCCGCCCAGCCGCCAGCUGCGCCCGUCAUUCACAGCAGCCAGCCGAGGCCGCCCAGCUGCCAGCUGUGCCCGUCAUUCACAGCAGCCAGCCAAGGCCGCCCAGCCGCCAGCUGUGCCCGUCAUUCGCAGCAGCCAGCCAAGGCCGCCCAGCAGCCAGCUGUGCCUGUCAUUCACAGCAGCCUGCCGAGGCCGCCCAGCCGCCAGCUGUGCCCGUCAUUCACAGCAGCCAGCCGAGGCCGCCCAGCCACCAGCUGUGCCCGUCAUUCACAGCAGCCAGCCGAGGCCGCCCAGCCGCCAGCUGUGCCCGUCAUUCCCAGCAGCCAGCCGAGGCGGCCCAGCUGCCGGCUGUGCCCGUCAUUCACAGCAGCCAGCCAUGGCCGACCAGCCACCAGCUGCGCCCGUCAUUCACAGCAGCCAGCCGAGGCCGCCCAGCCGCCAGCUGUGCCCGUCAUUCACAGCAGCCAGCCAUGGCCGCCCAGCCACCAGCAGCGCCCGUCAUUCACAGCAGCCAGCCGAGGCCGCCCGGCCGCCAGCUGUGCCCGUCAUUCACAGCAGCCAGCCGAGGCCGCCCAGCCGCCAGCUGUGCCCGUCAUUCACAGCAGCCAGCCAUGGCCGCCCAGCCACCAGCUGCGCCCAUCAUUCACAGCAGCCAGCCGAGGCCGCCCAGCCGCCAGCUGCGCCCGUCAUUCACAGCAGCCAGCCGAGGCCGCCCAGCCGCCAGCUGUGCCCGUCAUUCACAGCAGCCAGCCAUGGCCGCCCAGCCGCCAGCUGCGCACGUCAUUCACAGCAGCCAGCCUUGGCCGCCCAGCCGCCAGCUGCGCCCGUCAUUCACAGCAGCCAGCCGAGGCCGCCCAGCCGCCAGCUGUGCCCUUCAUUCACAGCAGCCAGUCGAGGCCGCCCAGCCGCCAGCUGUGCCCGUCAUUCACAGCAGCCAGCCGAGGCCGCCCAGCCGCCAGCUGCGCCCGUCAUUCACAGCAGCCAGCCGAGGCCGCCCAGCUGCCAGCUGUGCCCGUCAUUCACAGCAGCCAGCCGAUGCCGCCCAGCCGCCAGCUGUGCCCGUCAUUCACAGCAGCCAGCCAUGGCCGCCCAGCCACCAGCUGUGCCCGUCAUUCACAGCAGCCAGCCUUGGCCGCCCAGCCGCUAGCUGCGCCCGUCAUUCACAGCAGCCAGCCGAGGCCGCCCAGCCGCCAGCUGUGCCCGUCAUUCACAGCAGCCAGCCAUGGCCGCCCAGCCGCCAGCUGCGCCCGUCAUUCACAGCAGCCAGUCGAGGCCGCCCAGCCGCCAGCUGCGCCCGUCAUUCACAUCAGCCAUCCAUGGCCGCCCAGCCGCCAGCUGCGCCCGUCAUUCACAGCAGCCAGCCGAGGCCACCCGGCCGCCAGCUGUGCCCGUCAUUCACAGCAGCCAGCCGAGGCCGCCCAGCUGCCAGCUGUGCCCGUCAUUCACAGCAGCCAGCCGAGGCCGCCCAGCCGCCAGUUGUGCCCGUCAUUCACAGCAGCCAGCCGAGGCCACCCAGCUGCCAGCUGUGCCCGUCAUUCACAGCAGCCAGCCGAGGCCGCCCAACUGCCAGCUGUGCCCGUCAUUCACAGGAGCUAGCCGAGGCCGCCCAACCGCCAGCUGUGCCCGUCAUUCACAGCAGCCAGCCGAGGCCGCCCAGCCGCCAGUUGUGCCCGUCAUUCACAGCAGCCAGCCGAGGCCACCCAGCUGCCAGCUGUGCCCGUCAUUCACAGCAGCCUGCCGAGGCCGCCCAGCUGCCAGCUGUGCCCGUCAUUCACAGCAGCCAGCCGAGGCCGCCCAGCCACCAGCUGCGCCCGUCAUUCACAGCAGCCAGCCAUUGCCGCCCAGCCGCCAGCUGCGCCCGUCAUUCACAGCAGCCAGCCGAGGCCGCCCGGCAGCCAGCUGUGCCCAUCAUUCACAGCAGCCAGCCGAGGCCGCCCAUUCGCCAGCUGUGUCUGUCAUUCACGGCAGCCAGCCGAGGCCGCCCAGCCACCAGCUGCGCCCGUCAUUCACAGCAGCCAGCCGAGGCCGCCCAGCUGCCAGCUGUGCCCGUCAUUCACAGCAGCCAGCCGAGGCCGCACAGCCCCCAGCUGUGCCCGUCAUUCACAGCAGCCAGCCGUGGCCGCCCAGCCGCCAGCUGCGCCCGUCAUUCACAGCAGCCAGCGGAGGCCGCCCAACUGCCAGCUGUGCCCGUCAUUCACAGCAGCCAGCCGAGGCCGCCCAGCCGCCAGCUGUGUCCGUCAUUCAGAGCAGCCAGCCGAGGCCGCCCAGCCACCAGCUGCGCCCGUCAUUCACAGCAGCCAGCCGAGGCCGCCCAGCUGCCAGCUGUGCCCGUCAUUCAAAGCAGCCAGCCGAGGCCGCACAGCCACCAGCUGUGCCCGUCAUUCACAGCAGCCAGCCGUGGCCGCUCAGCCGCCAGCUGCGCCCGUCAUUCACAGCAGCCAGCCGAGGCCGCCCAACUGCUAGCUGUGCCCGUCAUUCACAGCAGCCAGCCAUGGCCGCCCAGCCACCAGCAGCGCCCGUCAUUCACAGCAGCCAGCCGAGGCCGCCCGGCCGCCAGCUGUGCCCGUCAUUCUCAGCAGCCAGCCGAGGCCGCCCAGCCGCCAGCUGUGCCCGUCAUUCACAGCAGCCAGCCAUGGCCGCCCAGCCGCCAGCUGCGCCCAUCAUUCACAGCAGCCAGCCGAGGCCGCCCAGCCGCCAGCUGCGCCCGUCAUUCACAGCAGCCAGCCAAGGCCGCCCAGCCGCCAGCUGUGCCCGUCAUUCACAGCAGCCAGCCAUGGCCGCCCAGCCGCCAGCUGCGCACGUCAUUCACAGCAGCCAGCCUUGGCCGCCCAGCCGCCAGCUGCGCCCGUCAUUCACAGCAGCCAGCCGAGGCCGCCCAGCCGCCAGCUGUGCCCUUCAUUCACAGCAGCCAGCCGAGGCCGCCCAGCCGCCAGCUGUGCCCGUCAUUCACAGCAGCCAGCCGAGGCCGCCCAGCCGCCAGCUGCGCCCGUCAUUCACAGCAGCCAGCCGAGGCCGCCCAGCUGCCAGCUGUGCCCGUCAUUCACAGCAGCCAGCCGAGGCCGCCCAGACGCCAGCUGUGCCCGUCAUUCACAGCAGCCAGCCAUGGCCACCUACCCACCAGCUGUGCCCGUCAUUCACAGCAGCCAGCCUUGGCCGCCCAGCCGCUAGCUGCGCCCGUCAUUCCAAGCAGCCAGCCGAGGCCGCCCAGCCGCCAGCUGUGCCCGUCAUUCACAGCAGCCAGCCAUGGCCGCCCAGCCGCCAGCUGCGCCCGUCAUUCACAGCAGCCAGUCGAGGCCGCCCAGCCCCCAGCUGCGCCCGUCAUUCACAGCAGCCAUCCAUGGCCGCCCAGCCGCCAGCUGCGCCCGUCAUUCACAGCAGCCAGCCGAGGCCACCCGGCCGCCAGCUGUGCCCGUCAUUCACAGCAGCCAGCCGAGGCCGCCCAGCCGCCAGCUGUGUCCGUCAUUCACAGCAGCCAGCCGAGGCCGCCCAGCCACCAGCUGAGCCCGUCAUUCACAGCAGCCAGCCGAGGCCGCCCAGCUGCCAGCUGUGCCCGUCAUUCACAGCAGCCAGCCGAGGCCGCACAGCCACCAGCUGUGCCCGUCAUUCACAGCAGCCAGCCGUGGCCGCUCAGCCGCCAGCUGCGCCCGUCAUUCACAGCAGCCAGCCAAGGCCGCCCAACUGCCAGCUGUGCCCGUCAUUCACAGCAGCCAGCUGAGGCCGCCCAACUGCCAGCUGUGCCCGUCAUUCACAGCAGCCAGCCGAGGCCGCCCAGCCGCCAGAUGUGCCCGUCAUUCACAGCAGCCAGCCGAGGCCACCCAGCUGCCAGCUGUGCCCGUCAUUCACAGCAGCCAGCCGAGGCCGCCCAGCUGCCAGCUGUGCCCGUCAUUCACAGCAGCCAGCCGAGGCCGCCCAGCCGCCACAGCCUGCCGAGGCCGCCCAGCUGCCAGCUGUGCCCGUCAUUCACAGCAGCCAGCCGAGGCCGCCCAGCCACCAGCUGCGCCCGUCGUUCACAGCAGCCAGCCGAGGCCGCCCAGCUGCCAGCUGUGCCCGUCAUUCACAGCAGCCAGCCGAGGCCGCCCGGCCACCAGCUGUGCUCGUCAUUCACAGCAGCCAGCCGAGGCCGCCCAGCCGCCAGCUGUGUCCGUCAUUCACAGCAGCCAGUCGAGGCCGCCCAGCCACCAGCUGCGCCCGUCAUUCACAGCAGCCAGCCCAGGCCGCCCAGCCGCCAGCUGUGCCCGUCAUUCACAGCAGCCAGCCAUGGCCGCCCAGCCGCCAGCUGCGCCCGUCAUUCACAGCAGCCAGUCGAGGCCGCCCCGCCGCCAGCUGCGCCCGUCAUUCACAGCAGCCAGCCAUGGCCGCCCAGCCGCCAGCUGCGCCCGUCAUUCACAGCAGCCAGCCGAGGCCGCCCGGCCGCCAGCUGUGCCCGUCAUUCACAGCAGCCAGCCGAGGCCGCCCAGCCGCCAGCUGUGUCCGUCAUUCACGGCAGCCAGCUGAGGCCGCCCAGCCACCAGCUGCGCCCGUCAUUCACAGCAGCCAGCCGAGGCCGCCCAGCUGCCAGCUGUGCCCGUCAUUCACGGCAGCCAGCCGAGGCCGCACAGCCCCCAGCUGUGCCCGUCACUCACAGCAGCCAGCCGUGGCCGCCCAGCCGCCAGCUGCGCCCGUCAUUCACAGCAGCCAGCGGAGGCCGCCCAACUGCCAGCUGUGCCCGUCAUUCACAGCAGCCAUUCGAGGCCGCCCAGCCGCCAGCUGUGUCCGUCAUUCAGAGCAGCCAGCCGAGGCCGCCCAGCCGCCAGCUGCGCCCGUCAUUCACAGCAGCCAGCCGAGGCCGCCCGACUGCCAGCUGUGCCCGUCAUUCACAGCAGCCAGCUGAGCAGCCAGCCGAGGCCACCCAGCUGCCAGCUGUGCCCGUCAUUCACAGCAGCCAGCCGAGGCCGCCCAGCUGCCAGCUGUGCCCGUCAUUCACAGCAGCGAGCCGAGGCCGCCCAGCCACCAGCUGCGCCCGUCGUUCACAGCAGCCAGCCGAGGCCGCCCAGCUGCCAGCUGUGCCCGUCAUUCACAGCAGCCAGCCGAGGCCGCCCGGCCGUCAGCUGUGCUCGUCAUUCACAGCAGCCAGCCGAGGCCGCCCAGCCGCCAGCUGUGUCCGUCAUUCACAGCAGCCAGCCGAGGCCGCCCAGCCACCAGCUGCGCCCGUCAUUCACAGCAGCCAGCCAAGGCCGCCCAGCCGCCAGCUGUGCCCGUCAUUCACAGCAGCCAGCCAUGGCCGCCCAGCCGCCAGCUGCGCCCGUCAUUCACAGCAGCCAGUCGAGGCCGCCCAGCCGCCAGCUGCGCCCGUCAUUCACAGCAGCCAGCCAUGGCCGCCCAGCCGCCAGCUGCGCCCGUCAUUCACAGCAGCCAGCCGAGGCCGCCCGGCCGCCAGCUGUGCCCAUCAUUCACAGCAGCCAGCCGUGGCCGCCCAGCCGCCAGCUGUGUCCGUCAUUCACGGCAGCCAGCCGAGGCCGCCCAGCCACCAGCUGCGCCCGUCAUUCACAGCAGCCAGCCGAGGCCACCCAGCUGCCAGCUGUGCCCGUCAUUCACAGCAGCCAGCCGAGCCCGCACAGCCACCAGCUGUGCCCGUCAUUCACAGCAGCCAGCCGUGGCCGCCCAGCCGCCAGCAGCGCCCAUCAUUCACAGCAGCCAGCCGAGGCCGCCCAACUGCCAGCUGUGCCCGUCAUUCACAGCAGCCAGCCGAGGCCGCCCAGCUGCCAGCUGUGCCCGUCAUUCACAGCAGCCAGCCGAGGCCGCCCAGCCACCAGCUGCGCCCGUCGUUCACAGCAGCCAGCCGAGGCCGCCCAGCUGCCAGCUGUGCCCGUCAUUCACAGCAGCCAGCCGAGGCAGCCCGGCCGCCAGCUGUGCUCGUCAUUCACAGCAGCCAGCCGAGGCCGCCCAGCCGCCAGCUGUGUCCGUCAUUCACAGCAGCCAGCCGAGGCCGCCCAGCCACCAGCUGCGCCCGUCAUUCACAGCAGCCAGUCGAGGCAUUCCAGCCGCCAGCUGCGCCCGUCAUUCACAGCAGCCAGCCAUGGCCGCCCAGCCGCCAGCUGCGCCCUUCAUUCACAGCAGCCAGCCGAGGCCGCCCGGCCGCCAGCUGUGCCCAUCAUUCACAGCAGCCAGCCGAGUCCGCCCAGCCGCCAGCUGUGUCCGUCAUUCACGGCAGCCAGCCGAGGCCGCCCAGCCACCAGCUGCGCCCGUCAUUCACAGCAGCCAGCCGAGGCCGCCCAGCUGCCAGCAGUGCCCGUCAUUCACAGCAGCCAGCCGAGGCCGCACAGCCACCAGCUGUGCCCGUCAUUCACAGCAGCCAGCCGUGGCCGCCCAGCCGCCAGCUGCGCCCGUCAUUCACAGCAGCCUGCCGAUGCCGCCCAACUGCCAGCUGUGCCCGUCAUUCACAGCAGCCAGCCGAGGCCGCCCAGCCACCAGCUGUGUCCGUCAUUCACAGCAGCCAGCCGAGGCCGCCCAGCCACCAGCUGCGCCCGUCAUUCACAGCAGCCAGCCGAGGCCGCCCAGCUGCCAGCUGUGCCCGUCAUUCACAGCAGCCAGCCGAGGCCGCACAGCCACCAGCUGUGCCCGUCAUUCACAGCAGCCAGCCGUGGCCGCUCAGCCGCCAGCUGCGCCCGUCAUUCACAGCAGCCAGCCGAGGCCGCCCAACUGCCAGCUGUGCCCGUCAUUCACAGCAGCCAGCUGAGCAGCUAGCCGAGGCCGCCCAGCCGCCAGCUGUGCCCGUCAUUCACAGCAGCCAGCCGAGGCCGCCCAGCCGCCAGUUGUGCCCGUCAUUCACAGCAGCCAGCCGAGGCCACCCAGCUGCCAGCUGUGCCCGUCAUUCACAGCAGCCAGCCGAGGCCGCCCAGCUGCCAGCUGUGCCCGUCAUUCACAGCAGCCAGCCGAGGCCGCCCAGCCACCACCUGCGCCCGUCGUUCACAGCAGCCAGCCGAGGCCGCCCAGCUGCCAGCUGUGCCCGUCAUUCACAGCAGCCAGCCGAGGCCGCCCGGCCGCCAGCUGUGCUCGUCAUUCACAGCAGCCAGCCGAGGCCGCCCAGCCGCCAGCUGUGUCCGACAUUCACAGCAGCCAGCCGAGGCCACCCAGCCACCAGCUGCGCCCGUUAUUCACAGCAGCCAGCCAAGGCCGCCCAGCCGUCAGCUGUGCCCGUCAUUCACAGCAGCCAGCCAUGGGCGCCCAGCCGCCAGCUGCGCCCGUCAUUCACAGCAGCCAGUCGAGGCCGCCCAGCCGCCAGCUGCGCCCGUCAUUCACAGCAGCCAGCCAUGGCCGCCCAGCCGCCAGCUGCGCCCGUCAUUCACAGCAGCCAGCCGAGGCCGCCCGGCUGCCAGCUGUGCCCAUCAUUCACAGCAGCCAGCCGAGGCCGCCCAGCCGCCAGCUGUGUCCGUCAUUCACGGCAGCCAGCCAAGGCCGCCCAGCCACCAGCUGCGCCCGUCAUUCACAGCAGCCAGCCGAGGCCGCCCAGCUGCCAGCUGUGCCCGUUAUUCACAGCAGCCAGCCGAGGCCGCACAGCCACCAACUGUGCCCGUCAUUCACAGCAGCCAGGCGUGGCCGCCCAGCCGCCAGCUCAGCUAGCCGAGGCCGCCCAGCCGCCAGCUGUGCCCGUCAUUCACAGCAGCCAGCCGAGGCCGCCCAGCCGCCAGUUGUGCCCGUCAUUCACAGCAGCCAGCCGAGGCCACCCAGCUGCCAGCUGUGACCGUCAUUCACAGCAGCCAGCCGAGGCCGCCCAGCUGCCAGCUGUGACCGUCAUUUACAGCAGCCAGCCGAGGCCGCCCAGCCACCAGCUGCGCCCGUCAUUCACAGCAGCCAGCCGAGGCCGCCCAGCUGCCAGCUGUGCCCGUCAUUCAGAGCAGCCAGCCGAGGCCGCCCGGCCGCCAGCUGUGCUCGUCAUUCACAGCAGCCAGCCGAGGCCGCCCAGCCGCCAGCUGUGUCCGUCAUUCACAGCAGCCAGCCGAGGCCGCCCAGCCACCAGCUGCGCCCGUCAUUCACAGCAGCCAGCCGAGGCCGCCCAGCCGCCAGCUGUGCCCGUCAUUCACAGCAGCCAGCCGAGGCCGCCCAGCCACCUGCUGUGCCCGUCAUUCACAGCAGCCGGCCGUGGCCGCCCAGCCACCAGCUGCGCCCGUCAUUCACAGCAGCCAGCCGAGGCUGCCCAACUGCCAGCUGUGCCCGUCAUUCACAGCAGCCAGCUGAGGCCGCCCACCUGCCAGCUGUGCCCGUCAUUCACAGCAGCCAGCCGAGGCUGCCCAGCUGCCAGUUGUGCCCGUCAUUCACAGCGGCCAGCCGAGGCCGCCCAGCUCCCAGCUGUGCCCGUCAUUCACAGCAGCCAGCCGAGGCCGCCCAGCCGCCAGUUGUGCCCGUCAUUCACAGCAGCCAGCCGAGGCCGCCAAGCCGCCAGCUGCGCCCAUCAUUCACAGCAGCCAGCCGAGCAGCCAGCCGAGGCCGCCCAGCCGCCAGCUGUGUCCGUCAUUCACAGCAGUCAGCCGAGGCCGCCCAGCCACCAGCUGCGCCCGUCAUUCAUAGCAGCCAGCCGAGGCCGUCCAACUGCCAGCUGUGCCCGUCAUUCACAGCAGCCAGCUGAGGCCGCCCAACUGCCAGCUGUGCCCGUCAUUCACAGCAGCCAGCCGAGGCCGCCCAGCCACCAGCCGCGCCCAUCAUUCACAGCAGCCAGACGAGGCCGCCUAGCUGCCAGCUGUGAACGUCAUUCGCAGCAGCCAGCCGAGGCCGCCCAGCCGCCAGUUGUGCCCGUCAUUCACAGCAUUCAGCCGAGGCCGCCCAGCCGCCAGCUGCGCCCGUCAUUCACAGCAGCCAGCCGAGGCCGCCCAGCCACCAGCUGUGCCCGUCAUUCACAGCAGCCAGACAAGGCCGCCCAACUGCCAGCUGUGCCCGUCAUUCACAGCAGCCAGCCGAGGCCGCCCAACUGCCAGCUCUGUGCCCGUCGUUCACAGCAGCCAGCUGAGGCCGCCCAACUGCCAGCUGUGCCCGUCAUUCACAGCAGCCAGCCGAGGCCGCCCAGCCACCAGCUGCGCCCGUCAUUCACAGCAGCCAGCCGAGGCCGCCCAGCUGCCAGCUGUGCCCGUCAUUCACAGCAGCCAGCUGAGGCCGCCCAGCCGCCAGUUGUGCCCGUCAUUCACAGCAGCCAGCCGAGGCCGCCCAGCCGCCAGCUGCGCCCGUCAUUCACAGCAGCCAGCCGAGGCCGCCCAACUGCCAGCUGUGCCCGUCAUUCACAGCAGCCAGCUGAGGCCGCCCAACUGCCAGCUGUGCCCGUCAUUCACAGCAGCCAGCCGAGGCCGCCCAGCCGCCAGCUGUGUCCGUCAUUCACAGCAGCCAGCCGAGGCCGCCCAGCCACCAGCUGCGCCCGUCAUUCACAGCAGCCAGCCGAGGCCGCCCAGCUGCCAGCUGUGCCCGUCAUUCACAGCAGCCAGGCGAGGCCGCCCAGCCCCCAGCUGUGCCCGUCAUUCACAGCAGCCAGCCGUGGCCGCCCAGCCGCCAGCUGCGUCCGUCAUUCACAGCAGCCAGCCGAGGCCGCCCAGCCGCCAGUUGUUCCCGUCAUUCACAGCAGCCAGCCGAGGCCUCCCAGCUGCCAGCUGUGCCCGUCAUUCACAGCAGCCAGUCGAGGCCGCCCAGCCACCAGCUGCGCCCGUCAUUCACAGCAGCCAGCCGAGGCCUCCCAGCUGCCAGCUGUGCCCGUCAUUCACAGCAGCCAGUCGAGGCCGCCCAGCCACCAGCUGCGCCCGUCAUUCACAGCAGCCAGCCGAGGCCGCCCAGCUGCCAGCUGUGCCCGUCAUUCACAGCAGCCAGCUGAGGCCGCCCAGCCGCCAGUUGUGCCCGUCAUUCACAGCAGCCAGCCGAGGCCGCCCAGCCGCCAGCUGCGCCCGUCAUUCACAGCAGCCAGCCGAGGCCGCCCAACUGCCAGCUGUGCCCGUCAUUCACAGCAGCCAGCUGAGGCCGCCCAACUGCCAGCUGUACCCGUCAUUCACAGCAGCCAGCCGAGGCCGUCCAGCUGCCAGCUGUGCCCGUCAUUCACAGCAGCCAGCCGAGGCCAUCCAGCUGCCAGCUGUGCCCGUCAUUCACAGCAGCCAGCCGAGGCCGCCCAGCCGCCAGCUGCGCCCGUCAUUCACAGCAGCCAGCCAAGGCCGCCCAACUGCCAGCUGUGCCCGUCACUCACAGCAGCCAGCCGAGGCCGCCCAACUGCCAGCUGUGCCCGUCAUUCACAGCAGCCAGCCGAUGCCGCCCAGCCGCCAGCUGUGCCCGUCAUUCACAGCAGCCAGCCGAGGCCGCCCAGCCGCCAGUUGUUCCCGUCAUUCACAGCAGCCAGCCGAGGCCUCCCAGCUGCCAGCUGUGCCCGUCAUUCACAGCAGCCAGUCGAGGCCGCCCAGCCACCAGCUGCGCCCGUCAUUCACAGCAGCCAGCCGAGGCCGCCCAGCUGCCAGCUGUGUCCGUCAUUCACAGCAGCCAGCCUAGGCCGCCCAGCUGCCAGCUGUGCCCGUCAUUCACAGCAGCCAGCCGAGGCCGCCUACUGCCAGCUGUGCCCGUCAUUCACAGCAGCCAGCCGUGGCCACCCAGCCGCCAGCUGCGCACGUCAUUCACAGCAGCCAGCCGAGGCCACCCAACUGCCAGCUGUGCCCGUCAUUCACAGCAGCCAGCCGAGGCCGCCCAGCCACCAGCUGUGCCCGUCAUUCACAGCAGCCAGCCGAGGCCGCCCAGCCGCCAGUUGUGCCCGUCAUUCGCAGCAGCCAGCCGAGGCCGCCCAGCCGCCAGUUGUGCCCGUCAUUCACAGCAGCCAGCCGAGGCCGCCCAGCUGUCAGCUGUGCCCGUCAUUCACAGCAGCCAGCCGUGGCCGCCCAGCCACCAGCUGCGCCCGUCAUUCACAGCAGCCAGCCGUUGCCGCCCAGCUGCCAGCUGUGCCCGUCAUUCACAGCAGCCAGCCGUGGCCGCCCAGCCGCCAGCUGUGCACAUCAUUCACAGCAGCCAGCCGAGGCCGCCCAACUGCCAACUGUGCCCGUCAUUCACAGCAGCCAGCCGUGGCCGCCCAGCCGCCGCUGUGCCCGUCAUUCACAGCAGCCAGCCGAGUCCGCCCAGCCGCCAGUUGUGCCCGUCAUUCACAGCAGCCAGCCGAGGCCGCCCAGCCGCCACUUGUGCCCGUCAUUCACAGCAGCCAGCCGAGGCCGCCCAGCUGCCAGCUGUGCCCGUCAUUCACAGCAGCCAGCCGAGGCCGCCCAGCCACUAGCUGCACCCGUCAUUCACAGCAGCCAGCCGAGGCCGCCCAGCUGCCAGCUGUGCCCGUCAUUCACAGCAGCCAGCCGAGGCCGCCCAGCCACCAGCUGCGCCCGUCAUUCACAGCAGCCAUACGAGGCCGCCCAGCUGCCAGCUGUGCCCGUCAUUCACAGCAGCCAGCCGAGGCCGCCCAGCCACCAGCUGUGCCCGUCAUUCACAGCAGCCAGCCGUGGCCGCCCAGCCGCCAGCGGCGCACGUCAUUCACAGCAGCCAGCCGUGGCCGCCCAGCUGCCAGCUGUGCCCGUCAUUCACAGCAGCCAGCUGAGACCGCCCAGCUGCCAGCUGUGCCCGUCAUUCACAGCAACCAACCGAGGCCGCCCAGCCACCAGCUGAAACACAAGACAAGAGUACGCAGGAGAUCUCACAAACUUGAAGAAGAUGAAGAACCAGAAGAAAUAGCUGAUGCAACUCCAGGUCAGGAAUCUGGCAGAUCGUUCAACAAGAGCGCGACCGCAGCUGAUAAAACCCUUGAGGCGAUCACGGAAAGACUUGACAAAAUGUAUAAAGGGGAAUCUGCCGACGUAUCUGGGCAAAACUUUGACUGCAAGCUAAGAGCUAUGUCCAAGACGCAAUGUUUUUAA